AUGGAAUUUGUGAUCAAAGAACCUCUCUGUGAAGCGGCAGGGCCUUCACGAACCGAGGGGCCGGAGACGUUCCUUGAAAUCUACCUUGCGGAAGAAGUCGAGGCUGGCUCCGAUCGCGAAUUCUCAAUGGAAAGAGCAGCGGAGGCGCCCGUCCCGUUUCCUAUUGGACGGAGCGAUGUGGAUAGUCUCGGUGACAAACGGUUCAGUGAAGAAAAGCCAGAUCCCAGUUCCCCCUCGGCUGCCUCGACUGCGAGCCUCGACUGGGAGGCCCAGACUCUCUCCGCCGUCACCUCGCCGGCGGCUGGGCAGAAAUACAUUUCGCCUUUCACUGGCAACUAUCAAGAGGGGCUUUCCUUUUCACUCUGGAGCUGGGACCGGACUCAACCGACCUAUAAGCCCGAGGAACUGUGGUCGCCUUGGGAAGGCUUUAGUUGCGAUCGCCUGUCAGACGCUCCCGAAGCGAAAGGCACCAAAAGCCACUACGCGGAUUUUCUGCAGGAAACGCAAACUUUUAUCGAGAGAGCGAGGAAACCGAGUGCGCUCUCGCUGCACGUGCUUUGCUCCUGA